GCUAUCCCAAAGGACUACCAGAUCAGUGUCAGCAAGAAUGGCUGGACAAAUAAUGAGAUAGGCCUUGAAUGGCUUCAGAAGACCUUCAAGACCUAUACAGCUUCAUACACAGUUGGGAGAUAUCACCUAUUGAUUCUAGAUGGGCAUAGCAGCCAUGCUACUGCAGGAUUUAAUAAAUUCUGCACAGAGAAGAAUAUUAUUCCUCUUUAUAUGCUAUCACAUAUGUUAUCAUAUUCUUCUCACCUGCUCCAACUGCUUGAUAUCAGCUGCUUCUCGCCAUUAAAGUGCCUAUAUGGCCAGAAAAUUGGGGAGAUGAUACAGAAAGGAAUCCAUACCAUUGACAAGGAAUAUUUUCUAUAUAUCUAUCCUACAGUCCAUUAA